UGCAGGAGAGAAGUUGUUAAGUAACUUGUCAAGGUUUGUAGUGAUUGUUUGGCUGUUCGUGGUGCUUAUAUUGACUUCAAGCUACACAGCGACCUUGACUUCACUGUUGACUAUUCAACAGAUUCAAUUAGCUUCAAAGGGGGAUUAUAUAGGGUACCAAGGUCGUUCUCUUUUGCAAGGAGUCAUAGUCAGCAACUUGAACUUCAAAAACUCUUCCCUUAUGCCGUAUAAUUCACCUGAAGAAUACGCUGAUGCAUUAUCAAGUGGAAGUGUUGCUGCUAUUAUUGAUGAGAUCCCAUACAUCAAGAUCUUCCUUGCCAAGUAUUCUGGUAGCUAUGCCAUGGUUGCUUCCGAGUCUACCACCAAUGGUUUUGGUUUUGCUUUUCGAAAAGGUUCACCAUUGGUUCCAGAGAUAUCAAGGGCGAUUAUGCAGCUAAGGGAAAAUGGGACAUUGACGAAGAUAGAGAAGGCAUGGUUUAAUAGCCCAUCAACUCUAGUGUCGAUGCAGAACAGUUCCGUGACUAAGGGCUCCCCCAACAGACUCAACUUUGAUAGCUUUGGAGGUUUAUUUCUUAUCAGUGGGUUGUCUUCAGUUUCAGCCCUUGUCAUACUAUUGACCCACUCACUCCAUCAAAGAUGGCAUGCCAGAGUUCACAGCUUCAGAAAUCUUUUUUGGGAAGUACUAGUGUUCUGGGUGAAGUUCCUUUCCACUAAAAAUUCCAUUUUGAUCGAUCAAAUUCCAAUAUGAUGUCUGUCUGAUGGUUAUACAUCAUAGACGGUGGAGUCCAGUACUGAAGAAGUUACUCCACUCAAAUUACUCUGCUUAUAUUUUUUGUGAUUGUUUAUUUGGUUAUUAAUAACCCUAUUAAUAGUUCAUUCAU